CUCUACUCUCUCUCUCAUGCUUCCCCGCGUCCUCGUUUUACCCCCUCGCCUGCCGGUCGCCUUGCACCCCGUCCACCACGAAACGGCCGCCGCCUCCACCACCACCUCCUCCUCCUCCGGGCCACGCAGCAUCCCCGCCCUGCCCCUAUAAAUCCACCCAAGCCUACCGCGGCUACAGUUUGACGCACGCGUGCGCGGGCGGCCUGGCAAGCGCUAGAAAGGAAAGCCGAGGCGGCGCGGCGCGGCGAGCGAGCGGCCCACCACCGUCGACUGCCUAGCUCCUUGGCUUUGCCAUUUUUGCUUAAUUGGUCGGGGAGCGGAGGAGGGAUCCAGGAUGGUGCGGGGGAAGACGGAGAUGAAGCGGAUAGAGAACGCGACGAGCCGGCAGGUGACCUUCUCCAAGCGCCGCAACGGGCUGCUCAAGAAGGCGUUCGAGCUCUCCGUGCUCUGCGACGCCGAGGUCGGCCUCAUCGUCUUCUCCCCGCGCGGCAAGCUCUACGAGUUCUCCAGCGCCUCCAGCCUCCAGAAAACAAUCGACCGCUAUAAGUCAUAUACAAGGGAAAAUCUCAGUAACAAGGAUACACGACAACAGGAUAUACAGCAAGUCAAAGCAGAUGCCUUAAGCUUGGCAAAUAGACUUGAAGCCCUUGAAAUGACCAAGAGGAAGUUUUUGGGUGAAAAUUUAGAAGGCUGCUCUGUUGAAGAACUGCAUAGUUUGGAGGUCAAACUGGAGAAGAGUCUCCACGUCAUCAGAGGAAAGAAGACCCAACUGCUGGAGCAGCAGAUAGCCAAGCUGAAGGAGAAGGAGAGGACCCUGCUCAAAGACAACAAAGAAUUACGCGAAAAGGUAGCUGCAACCAAGCACUUACUGCAACGCCCCGUUCAGCCGCCGCUGGUGGCUCCCGCCGUGACCCGCUGCCUCCCUCCGUGGCUGCGCAAUCUGCCGGCGCCUUGCAACGACGGCGUGGACGUCGAGACGGAGCUCUACAUUGGGUUACCCGGCAGGGAGCGCUCCGCCAACGGGGAUUCGGGGUGAAGCACUUGCACAUACGAUGCAGCAGCUGCCGGCGAUGCCUGGUGGGUUCUCUUCGAGCCCAUGCCCAUAGGAAUAAGCUCUCUGCAAACACCAAGCCACCAACGAACCGUCAGAUCGAUCAGCUCAGAGUUUUUAAUUUUACUUGCAACUACACAAGCUGUCUAAAAAAAAUCAAGCUGUUUUGUAUUGCAAAGAUGGAUGGAUGGAACAACCCUUCUGAGACCUGAAAAAUCCAUGCAGCAUUUACCCAGAUUGUGAUCUCUUCCUUCA